AAAGCAAAGGACAUUGCUAGAGCAGAGAUCAGUGAGGCUCCUACCAGCGGGCAGAGAGAAACCAAUAAGCAAUUGAAUCAAUGGCUGCUUCUUUUUUCUCAGUUUCCUCUUCCAUUGCCACUCUUACUUGUGCUCCCAAUAGGAGCCCUAGUAGUUUCCCACUUGGAAGCAUCUCGAGCAUCGGUGGUGGACUGAGGCUUGUGCCAAGGAUCAGCACCAUAAGGGCAACAAGAAGGCUAUCUAUGACCCCAAGCUACUCCAAAUCCACAAUCUCAUGCUCCGCUGCUCAGCCGGAGACUGUGAAGACAGUCCAAAGCAUAAUUGCAAAGCAGCUGUCGAUUGAUGAGAGCACUGUGGCCCCUGAAACCAAGUUUGCAGACUUGGGAGCUGACUCCCUUGACAUUGUUGAGAUUAUGAUGGCCUUGGAGGAGAAGUUUGCGGUAUCAAUCGGGGAAGCAGGAGCUGAGAACAUUGCAACCGUUAAGGAUGCUGCUGAUUUGAUCGAGAAAGUCAAGGCUGCCCCAGCUUCAACUUCUGUUUAAGCCCAACCCCAUGAUUCAAGAAACGAGGAUUGCUCUUCCCUUUUUUCCCCAUAUAUUUCUUCUUAACUUCCCAAACCAAGAAUUUUGCUAAUUUUCCAGGUUUUCACCGGUUCAGGCAAUCCCCACUUUCCGGGUCUCUAAUAAAUUC